GCGAUUUUCGCUAUGUUUCGAUUUCUCGGUUGGUAGCACUGAAAGGCAGACUUUUUUUUUACCGUAGCGGAUCGUUUUUGUAGUUUGACAGGUAGUUUCGUUCAGGUUGGUUGUGUUUUAUAGCUUCCUCCCAACAUGACAGACAGAUUGGAUAUGUUAAUUUUGGGCGCAACCGGAUUCACCGGUAAACACUGCAUCGCACCUAUCGCAAAAUUGUCCAAGGCUCACGGUAGGAAUCUGACAUGGGGUGUCGCCGGAAGGUCCGAGUCUAAAUUGAAAGAUGUUUUGGACGAAGUAGGAAAAGAAAUUGGACAAGAUUUAUCAAAAAUUCCGUUGGUUAUUGCCGAUAUUCAUGAUGAUGAUUCUUUAAAAUCCAUGGCCGAGAAAACCAAAUGUGUCAUUAAUUGUUGUGGACCAUAUCGUUUUUUGGGGGAAGCUGUGGUUAAGGCCUGCAUUGCUGCCGGUACCCACCACGUUGACGUCAGCGGUGAACCGCAAUACAUGGAGAAAGUACAGUUGGAGCAAAGUGAGGAAGCAGAGAAAAAAGGAGUUUAUGUUGUCAGCGCAUGUGGUUUCGAUAGUAUUCCAAGCGAUUUGGGCGUUGUGUUCCUCGAACAGAAGUUUGAGGGAACAUUGAAUUCAGUCGAAACAUAUUUGAAACGAUGGGAAGAGGGAGAAGUAGCCGCUUCGGGACCAGCAGGGAACUAUGGAACUUGGCAUUCUGCAGUUUACGGAUUAGCACACGCUGCCGAAUUGAAAACUAUUCGAAGGAUGCUCUAUCCAGAACGUUUGCCUAAAUUUGAACCACAAUUACAACAUACUGCUCUCCCCCACAAGGUGGAUCUAGAACCUGGAUGGGCCUUACCUUUUCCCGGUUCUGAUAAAUCAGUCGUGAGAAGAACUCAGAGAUAUUUUUAUGAUACAAAUUCCAAGAGACCAGUCCAAGUAGACACAUAUUUUAUGGUCGAUUCUAUUUGGAUUGUACUAUUGAUGGCGUUCUUUGGAAGCAUCUUUGUGUUACUCACUAAAUUCAAGUGGGGAAUUCAACUACUUUUAAAAUAUCCAGGUCUGUUCAGUGGCGGUUUGUUUGGCACAGAGAAUCCUUCAGAAGAAAAAAUUAGCAAGUACUGGUUCAGCAUUACGUUUCGUGGAAAAGGAUGGAAGGGUGAUAAACAAGAUGGACCAGAAAAUAGGGAAAUUGUGGGAAGAGUCAAGGGAAGAAAUCCAGCAUAUGGCACAACUUGUAUUGCCCUGGUCUUAUCUGCAAUUAUGAUUUUAACUGAGAAGAACAAACUUCCCCCAAAGGGUGGCGUAUAUCCCCCUGGAGCCCUUUUCGCCAAGACAACCUUGAUUAAUGAAUUGAAUGAAAAUGAAGUAACUUUUGAAAUAUUAUCUCAAAAGGACAUCUAAAAUGCAGUGACUGUUUCAAUAUUAAUUAUUAAUUGUAAUCGUGCAUUUAUAUAUUAUGUAUACGUAAAUUUAUUUAAUGUUAUUUGCUGAAGACUUUUGUCUAGUUAUUAUAAUAUUACUAAUAGUCUGAAAUUUAUUGAAAAGCUUUAUAUUUUUAUAUUGUAAUAAUUGAAGUAUUAAUAAAAGUCGGCAAUGGGAA